GAGGCCUGGCCUGGAAUGGCGGCGUCCUCCCUGCCGCCACUCUGCUGCGCAUGCGCGGUGGCGGCCAUGGCGCCUCCUCCUCCUCCUCCGUCGGAGAGCAUAAUGGCGGCGGCGGCGGCUGAGGCGGCGCUGGGGCCUGAGGAGCUGGUCUGCGCCCAGGGAAGGAACCGCAAGGCCGUCCUGUGCCAGCGCUGCAGCUCCCGCGUCCUUCUGCCCGGGGCCGCUGUCUUCACCCGGAGGGAGCUUUUCCUUCCUGCUAUGAAGAAGAAGACAGCACUGGUGGGGAACACUGACCCUGAAGGGGAUGUCCUGCAAGACCACUGGCUGGUUGAUGACAUGUUCUCUUUCGAAAAUGUUGGUUUCACCAAGGAUGUUGGGAAUAUAAAAUUCCUGAUCUGUGCAGACUGUGAAAUUGGUCCUAUUGGCUGGCAUUGUUUGGAUGACAAAAAGAGUUUCUAUGUGGCUUUGGACCGGGUAUCUCACGAAUGAUGGACUGAAUGGUGACCAAAAGACGAACAGUGAGCCUCCUGCUGGCCAGCUGGACCACUAUAAAUAAUUCUACUCCUCUCUGAUGAAGAAAUGCCAACUUCGUAAAGCCAACAUACAAUUUUAAAAAACGGUCCAAAUAUAUAGUGUUUGGGGGGAAAGUAAAUUGUUUGUCAAAUGGGUUAUGAUUGCCUUGAACCUCUCUCAAGAUAAGCCUUGCUCCAAUUGGUUUUCAUGUUAAGUUUCUUUUGGUGAAAAAAAAGCCUUCCCAUGGUGGUUCACCUUUUGUCAAUAUUGAAUGCAUUAAAAUACUGAGACACACUGAACUGUGUAUUCUCUGAAAAAUAAGCAUUGUAAAUAUGACAGAAAAUUAAACAGCUAGACUUUUUAUUAUUAUUUUACAGCACAAUACCUACAUUUAUGGGUUUUGGCUGCAUUUUGGACCAAAAAAGUACAGACUUCUGACUUUAAUGUUAGCAGGCCUGACAGCUGCAGUGUCAGAUUCCACAUUAUGAUCAUAAUCUGAUUCUGAAAGCCAAGUUCUGGCAAGUUGCAGGAGGACAUUUUAAAUGUGGGGAAGUCAGAUAAUGUUCAAAGGGUAUCCAAAAUGUUCAAAGGGUAUCCAAAAGACUCAUGAUAAAACUGUAAAAAAUAAAAUGUAAUUGGAGACUCUUAAUCUUUCAUAAAUAUUUGUAUUUAAUUAAACUUAAACUGAGCUCA